AAACGAAACUAACUUCAGUAAGGAAGUGGCCUAGAGGAGGAGGCGUGUCUAAACACUUAGAUAUGUCGAGGAGAAAGUAGGCUAAUGUUGAAGAUAGCUCAAAUUUUCACACCGGGAAGGACGAGGCUGCUGUCGGAGAUGCAGGCGGGUUUGGAGUUUCAGCGGGUGCUGUUAAAGGUGCAGGAGUCUCUGUCUGUGGAUGAGGUGCAGGACUUGGUGUUCCUCUGCUCUGAACUACUGAGUCUGAAAGACCUGAGCUCUGUGAGCUCGGCCGGACAGCUCUUCGGUCUCCUGGAGAACAGGGAGCUGCUGUCCAGGGAGGAUCCGUCUCUGCUGCUAGAGCUGCUCAGGAUCCUGAGACACAACAGCCUGAUCCGCAGUCUGACCUCAGAGGACUUCAUGACAACCAACGGCACGACAUAUAGCCCACAGAUCUCUCCAUACAGACAGAUGUUGUUUGAGCUGUCAGAGUCCAUCUGUGAGCAGGACCUGAAAAACAUCAAAUUCCUCUUGUUUAAAACGCUACCCCGUAAAAAGCUGGAGAAGGACAUGACGCUCUUGCAGUUGUUUCUGGAGAUGGAGAAGGAGGCCCUUUUGGAUGACAAUCAUUUGGACGUCCUGCAGAAAAUUAUAGCAGAGAUCAACCCAAGAUUAGAAAAAAGAAUCAUUCAAUACAAAGAGAAGAGUUGUGAGAGUGGAAUGGUUAUUGCUCAGGAGAUCGGGGAUAUUACUCCAGCGUUGUACUCACCUGCUCCGCCCUCGUCGCCGACGUCACUUACAUCAGUUGACAGAAUGGAGGAGCGGGUGAACAGGCUCAGUCUGACCGAAGAUCAGAGCCAGCACUCAGUGGUGGAAAACGAGAGCUUAAAAAAGUGCUUGAUUGGAACCCAAAAGCCUGAGACGCUGCAGCGAGAAAACAGAAGAUCAGAGUGGAGAUGGAAAGCAAUCACCGAAGACGCAGGCUACUACUUCUGCAGAGAAAGCACUUCCUGCUACAGGAUACAGUCAUCAGAGAGGAAAAUAAGAUGCAUCCAGCAGUAUGAGAUGAAGGGGGACAAGAGAGGAACGUGUCUGAUCAUCAACAACUGUGACUUCAAAAACAGUCUACGGAAAAGAGAAGGAACAGACAUUGACAAAAGAAGUCUAGAGGUCGUGUUCCAGUGGCUGGGCUUCGAGGUCCUGGUCAAACAGAACUGUGAAGGCCAUCAGAUCCUGCAGGAGCUGAGGGACCUGGCCGCUCGUGACCACACGUCAGCGGAUUGCGUGGUGUGCUGCGUGCUGAGCCACGGACAAAUAAAAGGCAUCUUCGGGGUUGAUGAAGAGAUUGUCAACUAUAGGGAGCUGAUAGAGACCCUGAGUCCAAAUCAUUGCCCUUCUCUCUUCAAUAAACCCAAACUGUUCUUCAUCCAGGCCUGCAGGGGAAACGAAGAUCAGCCAGCGGCAUUUCCUCUCAUUUUCCCAGAUGAUGAGGUCACGCCGGUCAGCGAUGCAGCUGUACCCAUAGACUCCAUACCUGAGAUGGCAGACUACCUGUUAGCCAUGUCCACUGUGCCACACUACGUCUCAUACAGGGAAAAAGACAAAGGAACCUGGUUCAUACAGUCCCUCUGCCACAACCUGAAGCUGCUGGUGCCAAAGGGUAUCGAUCUACUCUCCAUUCUGACUCAGGUGAACAGCGACGUGAGCAAAAAGACGGACAAAAGCGGUUUGAAGAAGCAGAUGCCGCAGCCAGAGUUCACCCUCACUAAGAGAGUGGUUUUCCCUCUACCCAAAACCCCUCUUUAAUAAUGUCCCGCUGUCAGCAUACACAGAGAUGUUUACAUGACCUGAAUGUGUCGAUCGUAAAUGUGAGGAAAUACUACGUGCAAAAAAUUGAUUUGUUAAAUCAUAGCUUCAACGACACACAGUGAGCUCAAGCCCCAGAUGAGCUCGAUACCAUCUACGCAAUUUACAUUAAACUUGAAUAGUUUUCUACAUUUUCUCAGGUAGGGCAUGAGCACGUAUCGCCAUAUAGUGACCAGAUACAAGAAUAAAUGAUUUUUGUAACCGUUUACAAGUUUUCAGCGAUGUCGUACUGUUCAUCAUGAUUGUAAAUAGACAAUAAAUUAUCACAUUCGCCCAAAAAACAGAGCUGAUCAUGUUUCUGCUGGGGCAAAGUCUAUGUUUGCAUGUUUGUAUCUGUCUAAGAGGUACAGUGCACUUGUUUGUUUCUCUGCUGUAACCAGCAGCUUAUUAAUCAAAUAAUAACAUUUGAAGGCACAGGGAAAGCCUGCUACUGUUGCGUAUUGCCUUUUGCACUCCAUAAAUACUGCACUUGCACUCAACUCAAUAAAAUAAAAAUUGUAGUAGCUAGGAAUACUUUAAAUUCAUUACAUUUUUAAAUCGCGUGACCAAAGCUGGAUAGUAACUAAAUUACACACAAUCAGUAUUAAAUAAUCAAGUUCUGAAAUAUAUAGUUUAAGAUCAGUUAGUGCAAGUUUCCUUUAGUUGAAACAGCUCAUAGUCUGGGUACCUGAAACCAGGGGAUAGAUGCACAAAUUCAUGCUCUUUCUUUUUUCCUUUUUCCACGCAGCACAUGGAUUCCCAGAGUUGUUGUCAUUAAAAUUCUUUCACCUAAUAUGUUUACUUGAAGCACCCUGAGAUUUUAAAUAAAUAUUGUAAUUAUCUCACUUGCAUGUUCAUGAUUCUCUGGCGUUGGUUAAUGAUUGCAUGUCACAUUUUUUAUGAUUUCAUUAACUUUUCAUUAAACUCUGAAACCCGCUGAAGUUAAUUUACGAACUUCUGUUUGUAAAACUUUGUGAAUGUAAUGUUAUAUUUAAUGCUGUUAGUAGGAAUAAAACAGAAUCUACUUUCUUGUA